CGGAUCCCGGUUCGAAGUUGCAUUGCUUUACUCUAAAAAUUUGCCGUUGUUUUGAGACCUAUUUGUCUAUUUGAGCAUUUGAUGGAUUCAUAGAGUUGAAUCUUAAUGGUUUGGUUUGGUUUUGGUUUUGGUUUUGGUUUUGUAUGGUUUAUAAUUUGGUUCGGUUAGGUAAUGGUUUGGCUUUUAUGUUUCUAAAAUUGGGUAAAGCCAUCAAAGCUGGGUCCAGUUGUGAUUUUCUUAUUUUGGUUCUUGUGUUUUUCGAAUUAUUAUAUAUGAAGUGUUUUUUGUUUUGUUUUGUUUGGUUGGAGUGAUUUGGAUCAGUGAUUAGCACGCGCUAUUUUGAGUGGUUUUGUGGAGACGUCACUUUACUCAAGUGGAUCUCCCUGAGGUCCUGACAGAUAGAUAGAUUGGAUCUUUAUUUGUUUUUUAUAUAUUCAGAAAGUUAUAUAUACUGAAAAACAAAUGCUGUGUCACUAACAAUUAGUAACAUGCUUAGUUUAGUACUAAUAGUAGACCUAAUGAAAACGCCGUGUCAUUAAUAAGUAACAUGCUUAGUUUAGUAAUAAUAUACUUAAUGACAUGUGUUUAACUUUAGUUCAGACUUGGACUUGUGUGGGUCUUUGUUUAGUAUUCUUUUCGGAAACAGAAAUGAUGAUUUCGGUGUAAUUUUUAACUUAUGGUAGAAAACAAAAACUACAUAAUAUAUCUAAUCUAUAACUAAUGCAUGCAUAUGUAGACAAAUGCAGUACAUGCUAAUAAUCAAUGUGUUUCAGAGUGAAAGUUAAUGAAGAUGUACUAGAAUCAGCUUGAUUGUUAUCUUAUAUAUAAUCAUUAAUCACUUCAACAAAUCAAUAUCAAUAGUAAGAAACUCAUCAUUUGAAAUUUAUAAAGUCUUACAUUUAGUUAUUAGUCAUAUAAUAAGAGACGUUAAUUUGGAAUACAUUAAGAAAGUUACAGUAUGUAUAUACCGAUACCGCGAUGUACAUUAAAAGAAAAUGUAUGUGUGUAGUGGUUUUGUUUCAAGAUUCGAUAGAUAAUGUUAAUAGUUUUUUUUGGUGGAACAAAAGACAUACAAACGUAUUUGGAAAUUUAAGAUAACGUAUGUACACCUUCAAACGUAAUAUAAAACAAGAAAAAGCAUUAUUAAUCUUAUGUUUUGGGCUGAUGGUGAUGUGUCCUCUAAUUUAACAUAUAGAUUAGUUUUAUUAAUAGGUUAUGUAUGAUUAUAAUCAUUAUUUACACAACUCAACGUGACUUCAAUCCAGUUAAUGGUGAUGAUUACAGUAUGGUAAGGAAGCAAGAACGAGCUAAUACGAAACGAGUUAGCGAGUGGAGGCGCGUGAGAGUAAAAGCGGAGGAGGAGGAUAGGAUUCACCUGCGUCAGGUGCAUGGGAGAGAGAGAGAUAGGAGGGGACCCAGUAAAGCCCCGUAAAAAAGGAAAAGAGAAAAGGAAAGCACAUGUGCUCACAUGAGAGUUUUUUUCGAUCUAUCUCCCAUGUGCUUCCUCUCUUUACUUUCAUCUACACAUACUCUCUUUCUCUAUAUACACACAGAAUGAAUAGAUAUAGUGGUAGAUAGUGAAGCUGUGUGUGGUGGUACUAGUACAACUAUCAUACUAUGAUGAUCUACUAGUUGCACCGAAGAUCCCACAUGCUUUCUUCUUUCUUUCUUUCUUUCUUUCAUGGCAGCCACGUGACAUCCUUUUAUUGGAACCUACCUUUUGAAAUCUCCAUAAAUCUAGCCCUCAUUUUGUGUCAACUCUUUUUUUCUUUUUCUUUUCGUAUUGUUUCCAAGAAAUGCGAAUUAAUGGAGUUUUAUUAAAAUAAGAGAAAUUGGAUUGUAUAUUACAAAAUAAAAUUAUAAUUCAGUUUAUGACUGUUUGACCUAAUCUGCUAGGAUACAUCGUGUGUAAUAUGUAUAAAUGCAAUUCUGCCCUCAUGAUUAACCGGUUCCACCGUCUGCAUUAAAAUUAAAUAAAUAUAUAAAUUUGUUAAAUAAAUAUAUAAACUUGUUUUUACUUUAUUGGGUUUUUACAUCGUGUAACUUCCCCGACCUUUCAUUUUCACACAAGGGAAGUAACUUCCAUUUAUCUUCUCCUCUAAGAUUAAUUUCACGGCAUCUCUCAGAACUCCGGGGAAAGUCGUCGACAAUCAUUCCGGUGUUGGUGAAGGGCGUCGGUAAUUGGUUCCGUAUAAGGCGGAUUGAAUCUCAAAAACUUCCAAAAGGUUUCUUCUUCGGAAACGUGAAGCUAGAGAAGCGUCGAGGAUUUGAAGUUCGAAAAGGCUCGCAAUGGAAGAGGUGGAACUGCCAAGCAGAUUAUUUGAGACUGGGUUUGAGCCAGUUGGAAGAAAGAGGGUUAAUAGUUACUUCAACCUUCGGUGGAUAGAGUUGAUCAAGCUUGCAUUAGAUGAGGAAGAUUUGGAGAUGUUGCAAGGAACACAGUUUGAUACAGUCCUUCGUAUGGGUGGUCAUACGUUCUCCGUCAUGUUUGCUCAUUAUUUUCUCUCGCUGCAGUUGGUAACUUUGAAGGAGUUUGAGUUAUGGUGGACGUUUGCCGGAAAGCCGAUACGAUAUGCCAUAGAAGACUUCGCUCUAGUAACUGGUCUAAACUGUGAAGAACCUCCUGCCUCCUCUAUGCGUGAGCAAGAGAAAGUUGUUGUUAGAGCCAAAGGAAAUGCGAAAGGAAAAGGGACAACAUCAAAAUCGUCCAUAUGGGAAGCUUUGUUUGGUGGAGAAGACAAACCCACCCCUAACUGGAUAAUGGAUAGGCUCAUAUUGGGAAAAAAAUACAAGGACUCCGUGACGCGUUUGCGUUUAGCAUUGCUGGUUCUUGUUGAGGGAAUUUUGUGUCCAACGUGCGGGUCAACGAAGAUUCGUCCAAAAGUUGUGAACAGGCUGGGUAAUAUAGAUGAGUUUCUCAAAUAUCCGUGGGGCCGAGAAUCGUUUUUACUCACCGUCAACAGUGCAAAACCACGGUCACCGCUUCAGUAUGUGCAAGACACCAUUGCGAUUCAUGGGUUUGUACACGCAAUGGUUCUUGUGACCUUAACGGCCUGUCCUGCGAUAUUUGUCAAGGCAAAGGAUGGGGAGCCAAUUCCUGAUGAUAAUAGAGGAUCGAAAGAAAUUUUGGAGAGUUUGGUCUCUAGAAAAUUGGCUGUUAAUGUUCCUUGGGCGAAGACUGUUGACCAAAAGGGCCAGGUAUGCCUUUUGUUACUAUCGAGUAGUGGGAAUGAAAUAUGUUAUCCACAGUAGUAGUCUGAUUUCGAUUGAAUUGUGGUGAGGAUUGUUGUUAUUGUUUGACAGUACUUAUAUAGUAUGGUUCACUCCCACCAAGUAGAAUAGAACAACCACAGUUUAUGGAUCACUUGUUAGUGAUAAAUAGUAUAGUUCUUACACAUCUGGUUUGGGUUUACUAUUUUCAUUUUAGGGUUUAGUUUUCCAGAUUUGGUUUGGGUCUAUUAUUUGGUUUAUGUUGUUUGUGUAGUACAGUAGUAGUCUGAUUUCGAUUGAAUUGUGUUGAGGAUUGUUGUUAUUGUUUGACAGUACUUAUAUAGUAUGGUUCACUCUCACCAAGUAGAAUAGAACAACCACAGUUUAUGGAUCACUUGUUAGUGAUAAAUAGUAUAGUUCUUACACAUCCGGUUUGGGUUUACUAUUUUCAUUUUAGGGUUUAGUUUUCCAGAUUAUCUAUACCGGUUAGGGUUUACUAUCUGCAGCUCCACCAGCUUCAUCUGAGUGUGUAGGCGAAUGUACUCCUCACGUGUGCACCCUAUGUCGGGUUCAAAGAUCCAACGUCUGUCUGCGUCACGGAUCCAUGUCCCAAGUACAAGUAAAACCAUAUCUUGUCCAUCCAUCUGAAAAUAGAGAAAAGCUUAUAGAAUUACUAUAUGAGUGGUACAAAGACUAUUCCAUUAUGUGGACCACUAGUUAUACUGAUGGAUGAUGUUAUAAGCAUAUACAUUGUCCAACAUUUAUUAUCAUAUGAUUACAGAACUAUUACCUGAUCGAUGCGGUUAAGCAUUAACUUCUUCUCUGUGUUCACCUUCUUCAGUCAAGCAUUAACUUCUUCUUUGUGUUUAUCUUCUUCAGUGUCUUUUGUUACAGAGAUAGAUUAACAGGUUGGAGUAAAUAGAAUACACAUAUAUUGAGAACAUCACCACUUAUUAUCCACACGUUUUUACUGAUCACCGUGCCAACGUAUGCGGUAAAUACGUUGGUGACGUUGCCUUCUGGUGAUGAUGUGAUGGUAAAUAGUUUACAGGCCACUCAUUUCCAUACCAUCGAAUUUUAGCACGUGGUUAGGUGAAAAUGGAAUACUUGUAUCAACUAGUGUCCACAUGUUUUUACUGAAAACCGUAAUACUGUAUGCGAUUUUUACAACUGUAACGUAUCUUCUGUAAAAUAUCAGGUACACACGUAUAUACCAUUUCAAACACAGCGAAGAUUACUAUACCAUAUGAAACACAGCAGUCCUCUCCUUCGCUCGCGGUAACCGGGAACUUGUACUGCAAAGGGGCAAAACCGGGCCUUUAUUGGGCUAAUUGUCAUCGAUUUCAUUAUGUCAAAAUCAGCGGUAUAUUCUUCAUUCCCUUCUCUAUUUUGAAUAUACACCAAAAUCUCCCUUAAAAUAAUGUCUAUAAAUUUUAAAGAAGGAGAAAGUCGUGCUCAUGUCGGCAUUAAUCUGUGCAUAAGUUACUCUAACUCAACGUUUCUUUUUGCACCAUAAGACAAAGGUUUUGUUUUAUUAACUAGGAGUACUUUAUAUAUUGGUUCAAACAACUAGUUUCAGGUAAAAAUUUAUUGUACAUUUUCUAAACAAAAACAUAAUUAAAUAUCUACAUAACCACAAUUCAACCAAUUAACAUAAACAAUACUAUAAUAUAAAGAAUUAUAUAGUAUAAAACUUAAUAAAUUUUACAUUAAAAUUUGAAAACUUCAUCUACUAAAAAGUAAAAGUUUUUAUCGGUAAACAUGAGAUUCGCUUUUAUAAGUAAGCACCAUGCAUGGAUAGGAGCACAAAAGUUUUAACAUUCACGAACUUUCAUCAAACAGACCAUAUCUAAUUUCAACACAUGUGCCUCCUAAGACGUUUCUUGUGUAAGCUUUGUUAUACAUGUUUGGGUUGCAAAUAAAACUUUGUUAGAGUCUUUUCAAUUUAUAUAUCUAUAUUUUUAGUCUAUGAAUAUAAUGGCAUAGCUAUAUCUAUAUGUUUCUUAUUAUCGUGGAUGAAUAGAAAUAUAGAAUGGCAUAGCAACUUAUAGUGAAUUCUUAAGCUACUCCUGAAAUUAAUUUGCUCGUAAUCAUUAAACUGCUCAUGAUAUCUAAAUUGUUCUUAUGUUUGAGUUCAUGCACAAAGCUUAUAAACAGUGGUACUGGUAUAUUAUAGCUUUCCUGCCGGUAUAAUAUAUCUUUCUAUCAACAAUACAAAGAAUAUUUAAUGUACUUAAUUUUUUUAAUUUGGAUACAACAAUGAAAACAUGUACAAAUCUAACAUGUUAUGAUCUAUGUAGCAGUGAAUAUCUAUGAGACAAAAAAUAAAUCUACUUGGUUUCAGACUUGAUAGAACCCGAAGACACUUUUUUUUCUU